CUGUGUGAAGUAACAUUCACGGGUUUUAGAAUUUAGCUAUUUUAUUUUUUUUUGUAACAUCUUGGAUAGGAAAAAAAAAAUCUUUAAAUAAUUUUUUUUUGUAACGAUCUAAGAUAUAACUUUUAAGAGAAACAGACACAUAAAAAAAAGGAAAAGAAAGAUAUAUAAAGAAAAAAGAUUUAACACCGAAAGAAAACGUACGAUUCAUAAAGGAAUACAAAACAAAACAAUUAACAAAUACGAAAUAGUUUCAUACAAUUGACAUCAAAUAACCUCAGCCUAAAUUGUACGAGUUAAAAACCAUGACGUCAUAUACACAAGUUCUGAUGGCUGCGACACUCGCAGUGAUCAUGGCCAACAUUGACGUCACGUCCGGCAUCUGCAUGAAUGUCCCCACGCACACGGGCGUCAGGACCAUGCAGGACAAUGAGUACGCAUGCGCACAGCUCGGAGCUGGAGAAACAUCGGCGGAUCUGGGGAAGGCGUAUCUCUUCUGCUUCCAGGGAACGGCGCACAAAUUUAACUGUGGAACUUUGAGGUCAGUUGUUUUGUUUGUUGCUUGUUUCUUGUUGUUUCUUGUUGUUGGUGGGUUUGUUUUUGUUUUUGUUGUUGUUGUUUUUUUGUAUGUUGGUUGUUAAUCUCUCGGGGGUUCAAAUUUAUGUUUGAUGGGUCAGAGACUUCAGGGGUCAAAUUUUUGUAUUGGUAGGUCAGCCUCUUGAGGGUUCAGUUGCAUGUUGGGGAUCAGUCAGGCGAGGGGUUACUGUUAUGUUGGAAUCAGAACUUUGAGGGUUUAGUUUUAUGUUUGGAUCAGUCUUUUGAGGGUAUGGGGUUUAUUCUAUGAUGGGUUAAGUCUUUGGGGGUGGGGAUGGUGGUUCUAUUUUGGAUCAGCCUUUUGGGGGGUUGUUCUAUGAUGGGAUCAGCCUUUUGGGAGUUUGUUCUAUGAUGGGAUCAGCCUUUUGGGGGGUUGUUCUAUAAAGUGCUCAGCUGUUCGUUGUUUUUUUUUUUGUUGUUUUUUUGUUGUUUUUUUUUUUUUGGUUUUAGUUUUAUUUUUGGGAUCAUUCUUUUAUGGGUUAUUUUUAUUUUGGGUUCAGUCUCUUUGUUCUAUAAAGUGCUCAGCUGUUCGUUGUUUUUUUUUUUGUUGUUUUUUUGUUGUUUUUUUUUUUUUGGUAUCAGUUUUAUUGUUGGGAUCAUUCUUUUAUGGGUUAAUUUUAUUUUGGGAUCAGUCUCUGGGGGGUGGGGGGUUAAUUUUGUGAGGGGAUCAGUUUUUGGGGAGGUUUGUUCUAGAACGUGAUCAGCUGUUUGUUUUUCUGGGAUCAGUUGUUCUUGUAUUUUGGAAUUAGUUUUAUUGUUGGCAUUUUGUAUUUCUUGUUGUUGUUAAUUUUUCUCAUCAUUCGUUCAUGUUUAAAUCAUUUGAUUUUAUACAAUUAUAUAUUCAUACAUUUAUAUAUUUAUACAUUUAUAUAUUUAUACACUUAUAUAUUUAUACAUUUAUAUAUUUAUAUCUAUGUAGCCGAGGGUUGGGUAGUAGAUGUUUGGUGAAUGAUAAUUUUAAUUAUUUUUUAUUUUUUUUUUUUACAAAUCCCAUAGAAAUAAGGUAUUGAGAAAUAUAGAUUUUCCCUUGUUCUAAGAGUAUCGUAAAAGGAAACAGUAUGACGGGGGAAAAAUAGGACAACGUCUGAUAUGAUACAUAAAUAACACCAGUGACACAUAUCUAAGUGUGCUUAAUUUAACAAUAAACAUGGUGGAUAACUCUGGAAUACCAACGUUUCACAUGUUAUCCCAACUGUGAAAAUAAUUCAAUAAACACAUAAGAUUACUCUGGAGUUAAAGGACAUUAAAAGCAUGACAAACAUGAUUAGCUAACAAUAAAUAUAUAUUUUCUUUUUUUUUCAAAAUGAGGCAUAAUCGUCCACUUUCAAAAAGUCCCUUAAAACCCAUCUGUUUAGGUCCGCCCAUGACCUGUGAUGCACCCUCUUCGCCCUGCCUCAUUUUCUGUCUCGGGUUGAUCCUUUAGCAUAGGCCAAAACGUGCCAAAGUUUAUAGCCAUUUUAAUGUUUAAGCUAAUGUUUCUAUAGUCAUUUUUAACAUAGUUGUUACUAUUCUAGUGUCUCUGGUUUUUUCAUUUUUAUUUUACUUUAGCAAUUUAAGUAAUGUGCAUGUUGUUAAUAAUUGUGAAGCGCUUAGAGAUUUAAGGUAAGCGCUAGAUAAAAAUGCCUAAAUAAAUAAAUAUUCAAAUUAUUAAACGGAAACGGUGAUUAGUAAGAUAGGGUUGGCAUAUCUAGCUGGGACCUGUUCGGGACACUCUGAGAUGGGGGUGCAGAAAUGAAGUAAAAAAAAAUGUAUUUAAUAAAAUUACUUUUUAUUUUGAACACAAUUACAACAAGGUCCAUAGCGGUGACGGCCCGACAGAUGGCAACCCUGAGUAAGAAUAGUAGGAACCCCCCCCCCCGGGGGCCGCCCUUUUCCACACACACACACACACACUCAGAACACACGUCCGCGUGUUACCUACUUUGCCACGUGUAUAUUUACAUUGAGUUUCUUCCCAUAAUGGAUUUUCGCCUUAUUACUUGCUAAUCAGAGUUGAUCUCCUGCUAGUUAACAUCGAAUUCAGUGUUUCAAUAUCAAUUCACCAAACACCGCAUCGAAUGUUGAAAGUUUUAUUGGAAAAAAAAAAUUGUUGAUUUAUAUAUGUCCUAAGCAUGAGAUGUUUCCUAAUUCUGUAACCAAAUUUGACGUGAAGUAGACGUAACUGCCAACUCGACAGAAAUUUGGUAUAUGAAUCACACACCUUACGUUAGGCACCCUAGGCGUAGCAUAAUUUAUGAAUAAAGAUUUUUUAAAAACCAGUCUUGCCUCAGGCAGCUUGAUGUGUAUCUUUGUUUGAUCAAUUCUCAACAAUUACUUGUCACCUUCUGAGCGCCUCCCCGAAAAGUGAUUAAUCAUGUCAUGAUUUUAUGUCAGGAGUUGAAAAUAAAAAACUCAUGACUUUUAAUACUUUUAAAUUCCCAUCAACCCUCCUGCAUUAUAUUUCUUUAGUGCAUUUUAAAAUUUAAAAUUAUAUUUCCUAGUCUUCGAAAUGUCAGUUUGUUGUAUUUUUUUAUGUCGUGUUUGCCAGGUGGGACAGUAAAAUCAACAACUGCAACUGGCCGGCUGAAGCAAGCUGUGGUGGUCAGCCGAGUGACCCAACAAACACGAUUGACCCUACCCUCACCACUGGUGAGUCGAUGCAUCUGCUCACUGUUAUAUUUCCUCGUGUUGUCUCUAAGCUUAUCUUAUGUCUUAUGUGUCUGUAUUACUGUCUGAGUCUGGCUCUUCGGUGGUCUUUUCAAUAUUAUAUCAUUGUCUAUGAAAUAAAGUAUGGUGUAAUUAUGAGUUCAACAGUGCUAAAAAAAAAUUCCAGAUAUCUGCGCUAAAUAAAAUUCAGGGGCGUGAUUAAAAAAAAAAAAAAAAGAGUACGGUGGCUUACCCUGUGGGGGAGGGGGUUGUAGACUUGUAUAACUCAUUGGGAUUCUUUUAAAAAAAUUACGUUACUUGAGUGCAUGUUUUGUCAAAUCAUUUUGGUAGCUUGGCGGGCCAUGCAUUAUAUAUAAUAAAUUAUUUGUAUAGCGUGGAAAUGCCUUCGCACAGUUCAAUGCUCAAAUCACUUGCUCGACAUGGCCUAGGUUUUGUCUUUUUUUUUUUGUUGUUUUUCUUUUUGUGCUUUUUUUUUGUGGUAGAUUUGGUUUUGGUUAAUUAAUUCUGAUACUUACGGGUCCGGGCACAUUCGUUUCAGCGGGUGGUGGGGUUUCGUGGAAAUAUCCUCAAAUUUCGCUCUAGAUGCUUUAUACCCCCAAACAAUGAUUUUCGGCUUGUGUGUCUAUAGAGGCUUGACGUGUCAAGCUAUAAAAUGUCCCCCCCCCCCCGUGUUGUUUAUUUACUGUCUAUCCUAAUGUUUAAAUGUUUAUACGCGAAUCCGGAAAUUAGUUUUGAAAGAAAUUUCGUCGACGGAAAACUAAUCGACGGAAAUUUGAUCGAACGGAAAUUUGGUCGAAUCUUUCUUUUUUUUUUUUUUCAGUUCACAUGACCUAAUUUUGCAUCAAAUUUCUUUUUGAACGCACCAUUCAAUAUAGAAAAAUAAAAUAAUCCGAAUGUAAUCAUUGUUAUAAAGAAUGUAAUAAUUUUUAUAAGGAAUUUAAUAAUGGUUAUUAAGAAUUUAAUCAUUGUCCUAACGAAUGUAAUAAUUAUUAUAAAGAAUAUAACAGUUCAAUAGCUAAAUCCAGCAUUUCAAAACCUCCGUCGCCAGCCAAGCCCCCCACAACGACGCCGCCGAUGACCAAGCCAGGCAAAUGUAACCCGGAGACCUGCCGGCUCCCGGACUGCUUCUGCUCCGGCGCCGCCCCCGCCAACGUGUCCGAGCGGGACGCGCCCAUGUUCGUCAUGCUCACGUUCGACGAUGCCGUGACCACCACGGUGUUCUCCAAGGUGUACUACCCGAUACUGAUCAACAACGAGUGGCAGCUCAGGAACCCCAACAACUGUACCGUCAAGUGAGUACUGGCAAUGAUUGUACCGUAAUAUCAGUGCUAGCAAUGAUUUUUACCGUCCUGUGAGUGCUGGCGAUGAUUGUACCGUAAUAUGAGUACUAGCAAUGCCUGUACCGUCAAGUUAGUACACGCAAUGAAUGCACCUGAGUGUUAGAAAGUGCUGUACCAUGAAGCACUAUCCCUGUACCAUCAAGUACUUUCAUUUUACAGCAAGUACUUUCCAUGCACCAUAAAGUGCUAAAACAUUAAAAGAAAUUAAAAUCAUUGCGCAAGGUCUUAUUAUUUUUUUUUAGCAAAGAGAGACAACCUUGGGAAUAGUGGUGCAUUUUAAGCAUAUGCAGUUAUUUCCCCUUAAAAUUGUUAUUUAACACUACAACCUCAUUACAAAACAUUACCGAAUAUGAACGCCUAUUAAUUAGCCGAAGCAACUCAAUUAGACACAUUUCAGGGAAAAGCAUGUUUUUUUUUACGGUGAUUGUAAAAAAAAAAUUGAUAUAUGUUUGACAUAUAAUUCUCUUUAUAUCUGCAAAUAUUACCGUUAAUAAAUUGUUAAAUAAAAAUUAAUAUCAUUUUUUUUUCCUAAAUUAUGACAGAAAUUUAUGUAAUUUAUGGAAGUGUCCAUCAUUUAUUUUUGACGGGUGAUAGCGAGUUUUGAAUAAUUUCCCUAGAUGAACUUCAACGUCGUACGACAACAAUAAAAGGUGUUCAUAGAAUAUACACAUUUUCCAUUCCCAAAUACAAAAUGUGUGUAUGCAUCCUUUAAGGUUCAACUAAGACAGCAAUUAAAAUGCACCUUAACCCGACUAAAUUAUGAUACGCGUUAUCUAAAUUGUAAGAACCUCUGGCCUCUCUCUCUCUUAUAAAAAUAACACAUGUCGACUGGCAUCUUUCUGUGAGUAGACUUUAAAAUUUGACUCUGUCGAGGUGAUUGCGUGCACAGACUUUAGCGUCUUUGAAACGAUGCCCAUUGGCGUAUCCAGGGGUGGGUGAUAGGGGAGGUCCUAAAUCUGGUCACAGUGACCAAUAAGUCCGAGUCCACGCCACGUGACGGGUCAGUCUCGUUAUUCCAGGUCAACCUUCUUCGUGUCCAACCUGUACACCGACUACAGCCUGGUCCAGAUCCUCUACGACAACGACCACGAGAUCGCCUCCCACACGGUCAACCACACGAGUGACACUGACAUCUACAGCGAGGCCAAGGCGGAGGUAGUUGCAAUAAUUACUUCUUCGAGUGUACGGUUAAUUAAGCCAGACAAGUAAUUUUUUAAACAUUAUUUCAUUUCAUUUAAUCACAAAUAUAGUCCAACUUUUGAAUGAUUUGUACUUAUGUACGUGUGUACGCACUUCCACAAGGAAAAUAAUUAUUAGCACAACUGUAUUAUGAAAAGGUUUUAUUUACCCAGUACCAAUUUUAUUUAUUUAUUUAUUUGGAGAUUGGUUUAUAAAUAGCUCACCUUAAUAUGCGUUGUUUAAAUUUGAGACAUGCUAUCUAUUGUUAAAAAAAAAAAAUCAAACUAUAAAAAUAAAUCUAAUGCAAAAAUUUCACGCAUAUUAAAAUCUCAGACAUGUUUUGAAAUGUGUGAACAUCGUAAAUCCACCAGUGGAGUUCUCUCGUGGUGACUCGUAGAGACGGGUUUGAUGCCCUGCCGGCAUGGCUUUCACCGCCUUUCAUUAUUCCCUUGAUUGAAUAAAUAUUUAUUUUGAUAUUUAUUAAUGUCCAUGUAGAUAAUUGGUCAAACCACUAGCGAUCCUAAUCAAAACUGACGUUUUUUCACGUAUAAAAAUGUGUCAACUACUUCGUGUCCAGAUUGUAGGUCUGAGAGACAUAGUCGCCGCCAAGACCAGCAUCCCACCCGAGGAGAUCCGAGGUUUCCGAGUGCCCUACUUGCGCACCUAUGGUGACGCCCAGUACGCAGUACUCCGUGACUAUAACUUCACCUAUGAUUCCUCCAUCGUCAACAUUGAGAUCCAGGCUGGCAGGAAAGCUUUGUGGCCAUUCACCCUUGACUACCCUAUCGAGGAAAACCAGUAAGUGCGUUAUUGGUUAGAGAGUUCAGACUUCGCCAAUGAAGGCGGCAACAACAACAAAAAUUGUGAUGGGUUUGGAGAAUUUUGAAAAUGUCAUUGAAGAAAACCAAAUGUAUUGUGAUCGGUUAGAGGGUGUGGAUUUGGUAUUUGGAGGGGGGGGGGAAGAAUUUGAUGGGUUAUAGAGUAUAGACUAUGUCCCUGGAGAAAACCAAUAAAAUAUUAUUUGAGUUAGAGAUUAUAAGUCAUUGAAUAAUUCAGGAAUCAUUAUGUAAUUGAAGAAAACUAAGUAGUUGUGAAACCUGCCUGAAGAGCUUUCAAUCCCAUUGUCCAACCUUCUGUCCACAACUCUCCCCUCGUUUGACUGGGUACUCGUUUGACUUAAUUAAACUGUUGCGGUUUGCAUGUUGCAUGUUGCCCAACGCCGUGACACACCUCUGUCGUUUUCCUACUGUCGAUUCAUUUGCCUCAACAGGUGUCCAAACAGACCCUGUCCCAAAGGAUCCUACCCGGGACUCUGGGAGAUCCCCAUGAACGGCUGGAUUGGUGACAACGGCUACAGCUGUGGCAUGAUUGACGGCUGCAGCAUCAACGGGCCGAACUUUGACGGAACUGUCGAAGAUUAUCUCAAAUUUUUCAGGUCUGUUGUUUACAGUGAAUGAUUCUCUCUAUUCCUCUAAUAAAUUUGAUUGCAAUUUUUUUGUUUUUUUGUAAAUGUUUUUUUUUAAACGGAUUGUACACCUUGCAUAACAAUCCUCAAGGCACGUGUUAAAAGAGGAUCUAGGAUUUGUCCGGGCGUGCGAUUAAGACAUGAGGCACCUUUCAAGAAUACUUAAAUAUUGAUAAAUGUUAAUUUAAUAAUCAAACACAAUUUUAAUGAAAUUUUAUAAUUUACAACUUUUAUAUACAAUAUCAGCUACUGUUUUUCAGUUAUGUCCGAUAAAAAAAAAUAUAUUUAAAUGAUAAUUAUUUUAAUUUAAUUAUGCAUCGCCAUUUUUAUUUUAUGGAUUCACCCAUUCCUACUGUCCCCCCAUUGCAUAUCUCUGCCAUUUUUUUAAAGACAUUAUUCAAAUAAGCCUUUUGUUUGUUACAGACGUAAUUUCUACGAGAAUUUCUACCCACUGAGAAUCCCAAUGCACAUGUUCACACACGCAUCCAUGUUCCUGAAGGGACCCGAAGCUCUGGAAGGUGAGUAAUGUUUUGAUGAUGCUCAGGGGGGGGGGGGAUAAUGUGUGGAAACUCACCCAAGAUCCCUUCUCUCUCACUCCCGCCCCGCCUUCCCCACCCCCACACCCCACCCCCACCCCCCACCCCUACACACACGUUUUCACCCGGAAUGAAUAUUCAUGUAUUUCUUGGCAAAAAAAAGAAAAACAAAAUAUAUGAAGAUUCGCGGUUUAUAUACGUUCGUGCAAGACUCUAGCCCUGAUGCUACAUACUGUUUGUAACGUCAACAAGUCAAGCUAGGAUAUAAAUUAUGUCGUUUUUGUCUACAAGCAAUAUUAGUAUGAUACUGUUGCUUUAACGUAUGUAUUUCUGUUGUUUUUUUUUUGUUUUUUUUUUUCCUUUUGGUUUUUUUAAUUAACAUUUUAGAUAAAUAAAAAAACCUAUUCAUUCAAAUUGUCAUUAUCUCCGUUUCCAGCCCUCCGCCUGUUCCUCCAAGAGUUAUCCGCCAUGGACAACGUUUGGUUGGUUACGCCGUCUCACGUGAUCUACUGGAUGCAAAAUCAAGUCACCAACGACGAACUCGCCCAAACAUCUUUUGCCUGUUAAAAUAUUUAAAAUAGAGCGAUAUCAUUUUUUUUUUUUUUAGAUGAUUUACGAGAGGAAGAAAAUGUUUAAGUUUGUCUCCAGGCUUUCAGAAAAAAUAGCUUUAAAAAUCAUGAAUUAGAUAAGGAUUGAAUUAUGAAGCAAUUGUUUAUUUAUUUCAAAUAUAAGUUUGGGCCCGUUUGAUUUCACCAGAUCAUUGACUCUUCUAAUUACUACCCAACUAGUAUCAAAAAAAAAAAAGAAAAUUGAUCAUCUUUUUGCUUCCCAUUAUGUUUGUGUUUUAGAAUGGUGUGACUAGUAUCGUUCUGGGCCGUUUGUUUGUGUGCUUGAUUGUUGUUGUUUUCUCCCCAGUGGAAUUAAGGAAGAUUUCCAGCAUAAUUAAUACAUGGGUGGGGAGAAAAAAAAACUUACUUUUGUUGUUAAUGAAUUACGAGGGUAGAAAACAAAACGCAAGUUGAGAGAGGGGGGGGGAAUCUAAAAAAAACCUGGCAACCUUGAAAACAAUAGUCAACUGUGAUCAUCUAUUCGGCUACUCUAUUAGACUCCCCCUGGCAAAAUCGCGACUAAAAUAAAGAACAUAAUCAAAGUACUGUGAAUGUAAAGUAAAGUUACGUGGAGAAGUUAAGCAACUGUGUGAAAAAGAAACAGAAAUCCAUUCAAUGCAAAACCCCACAUGUGUUGUGUUUAAUACAGAGAUCUAAGAAAUAAAGAACUUUUUCUCAACACAUC